CUUUGUCUCUUUUCUCUUUCUCUUUUUCUUACAAAACAAAACAAAAAUAUUUAUAUUUUUUUUUUAUUAUUAUUACUCUACAAAUAUGUUUCCUUCAAUAGAAUCUAUAUCACCUGGUUAUACUAUUCUUGACAUUAGAACUGCGGAUAGAUCUACAACCAAGUUAUUUAACACUACCACUGGACCUAGCAAUGCAAGUAAUAUACGUAUGGCACCUCCCUCUCCUCCUGCUUCUACACAUCCUUCUUUAGAAGAUGCAUUCAAUAGUGCUGAUCUGGUAGACACCAUUUUGAAUUCUUUGGACCAACCUCCCACUCAAAAAUCCAUUCCUACCUUUGUACUCUAUGAUACCUUGGGAUUACAAUUGUUUGAUCAAAUUACUCAUUUGGAUGAAUAUUAUUUGACCAAUGCUGAAAGAGCUAUAUUACAACAACAUGCUGAUCAACUUGCUGAUAGAGUGAAAAAUGGUUCUAUUAUCAUUGAAUUAGGUGCUGGUUCACUACGAAAAACAGAAUUGAUUCUAAAGGCUAUGGAAAUGAAAAAGAAACGCGUUACUUAUUAUGCAUUGGAUUUGGAUCAACAUGAAUUGGAAAAAUCUUUGUCUUCCUUGGGAAAUCAAUUCAAUUAUGUUCAAUUGUAUGGUCUUUUGGGUACUUAUGAACAAGGUAUUCCCUGGCUUAGUCAGCAAUAUACAAGUCGCAGCACACCAAAAGUAGUUCUCUGGCUUGGAAGUUCUAUUGGGAAUCAAUCACGACAAGAAUCUGCUAUUUUUUUACGACGUUUGCAAAGAACAUGUUUACAACCAGGUGAUCUUUGUGUGAUAGGAUUUGAUCGUCGAAAUGAUCCAUCCGUGAUUGCCAAAGCCUAUGAUGAUCCUCAAGGGAUAACGCGUCAAUUUAUUAUGAAUGGAUUGGACCAUGUCAAUGUGAUUCUUGGACAAGCACUGUUUAACAAGGAUGAUUUUGAUUAUGACUCACGCUAUCAAUCUCUUCAUGGACGACAUGUGGCGCAUUAUCGAGCAAAAAAGGAUUUGACGUUGACUUUUUCAAAGAAAAAUGGGCAACGUGUUGUUCAAGUUAUCAAGGACGAAUUGAUUCAUGUCGAACAUUCUUACAAAUACAAUCUGGCGGAAAUCUCUCAUAUCCUUAAUGCUGCGGAAUUGGAUUUGGUGGAACAAUGGAUGGAUCCCAAGGAAUUAUAUCGUCUGGUUUUAGCCGAAUGCCGACCCUUCCAUUUUGAACGUGAUAAUCAAGGCACGGUAGCAACGCUCUUCCCCUAUGAUUCUCAACAAACGGAUGAUGAACGACUGAACUGCGCAACGUGUGAUACUGGUGCUUCCAAACAACAAGUCCAACAAGCUCAAGAUGAUCAACAACCUAAUUUACCUGGUACUUUGGUCAACAUUACUGGAACAAACCGUUGGCCUCAAGCUGUACCUUCUUUGCACGAAUGGGAACAAUUAUGGACUUGUUGGGAUGUGGUGACUCGUACGAUGAUAGACCAUAAAACCAUGCUGUUUGAACGUCCCAUUGCCUUGCGUCAUCCCUUUCUUUUUUACCUUGGUCAUAUUCCUGCAUUUUUGGAUAUCAUGCUCUCUCGACAUCAAGCUGAUCAAGAAAUAGCUGACAUGGAAGGUACAUCCACAGCAUUGACUGAACCUAGUUCUUUUGCCGAUAUUUUUGAACGAGGUAUUGAUCCUGAUAUAGACGAUCCAACUCAAUGUAAUCCUCAUUCUCAAGUUCCCUCCAACAAUCAAGAUUGGCCUUCCGUAGAAUCUAUCUUGGAAUAUCAACAACGUGUUCGACUUCGACUUCGGCGACUAUUAUUGCAUUGGGAGACUGAAGGUUAUAAUCAUACAGAUGAUCCUCUGGCUUGGAUGAUUCCUUCUCGACAACGUGCAGCUCGUGUGGUAUGGAUGUGUUUUGAACAUGAAGCCAUGCAUGUGGAAACUCUUUUAUAUAUGUUGGUACAAAGUCCUAAUAUUCAUCCUCCUACAGUGGCUCCUCCAGCAUGGUGGUAUUCCCAACAACAACAACAACAACAACAACAGCAAGAACAGCUUUCGAUUUUAUCCUCAGCACCAUUGAUUUCUAUCAAGGACAAUACUACUGUACAACUUGGACAUGAUGAUGAUGAAUCCAUGGAUGGAAAGAAAGUAACAUCAGUAGAAUUUGGAUGGGACAAUGAACAUCCAAAACGAACAGUACCAUCCAAUUCUUUUGAAAUUCAAUCACGACCUGUGACGAAUGGUGAAUAUUGGCAAUUUUGGAAAGAAAAUGGUGAACCCUCUUUAUGGCCAGCCUCAUGGAUAAAGAAGGAUGAUGAUGAUCAGUUACCUCAGAUCAAGACCAGUUUUGGAAUGUGUGACAUGCAUGAUGCCGUGAAUUGGCCUGUACAGGUAUCUUGUGUACAAGCCGAAGCCUAUGCCAAUGCGAACAAGAUGCGAUUACCCUCUGAAGAAGAAUGGAUCUUGUUUCGACAACACAUGGACAAGACCCCCAUCAAGGAAUAUGACGAUGAUCAAACAUUGGGCCGUGAUGUAGCGAAUAUUGGCUUUCAAGCAUGGACGCCCUUAGCUUUGAACAAUCAACAAGUACAUGUCAUUGGCGAUGUAUGGGAAUGGACAAGUACUGUGUGGGACUCAUAUCAAGGCUAUACACCUAGUGAAUUGUAUCCUGGUUAUUCGGCUGACUUUUUGGAUGGGAAGCAUCAUGUGGUACUUGGUGCAAGUUGGGCAACACAUCCUAGAAUGGCUGAACGGAUUUCAUUCAAGAAUUGGUAUCAGGCUGCCUAUCCUUAUGUUUUUUGUGGGUUUAGACUUUGUCGUUCCUUGUAGUUCUAUUCUCUC